AUGACUUCAGCUACAGUUGAUUUUGGGAUCGGACGGAUUCUGAGUCUCCUAAAAAACGAGACCUUGUUGUUGUCAGGAGUCCAUGGCGAGAUUGAGAAGAUGAAGAAGGAGUUGCUUAUCAUAAAGUCCUUUCUUGAGGACACCCAUAAACAUGGUGGAAAUGGAUCCACCACCACAACAACAACCACCCAACUCUAUCAAACUUUCGUGGCAAACACAAGAGAUUUGGCUUACAAAGUGGAAGACAUCAUCGACGAGUUUACUUAUCACUUCCAUAGUUAUCGCAGCUGCACAAAGCUUUGGCGUGCGAUUCAUUUCCCGAGCUACAUGUGGACGAGGCACACGAUAGCUCAGAAGCUACGAAUGGUGAAUGUCAUGAUUCAGUCCAUUUCUGAAUCCAUGAAAAGGUACCAUCGUUCAGAAAACUAUCAAGGAGCAUCAUUAUUGCCUUAUGAUGAUGAUGAUGGUGGUGGUUCAAAGUGGGUGAAUAACAUCAGCGAGUCGUCUCUCUUCUUUAGCGAAAACAGUCUUGUUGGGAUUGACGCAGCCAAGGGAAAGCUCAUAGGAUGGCUUCUCAGUCCAGAACCUCAAAGGAUAGUUGUCUCGGUGGUUGGAAUGGGUGGUUCAGGGAAGACUACACUCUCUGCUAAUAUCUUCAAGUCCCAAAGCGUGAGGAAGCAUUUCGGGUCAUACGCUUGGGUAACAAUCUCAAAAUCAUAUGUGAUUGAAGAUGUGUUUAGGACAAUGAUCAAGGAGUUCUACAAAGAAGCAGAGACACAGAUUCCAGCUGAACUAUACUCGUUUAGUUACAGAGAGCUGGUGGAAAAACUUGUAGGGUAUCUGCAGUCAAAGAGGUACUUUGUUGUGCUUGAUGAUGUAUGGAGCACUGGUCUGUGGAGGAAGAUAAGCAUCGCUCUACCAGAUGGUAUUUGUGGAAGCCGUGUUAUGAUAACUACUCGGAGCAAUAACGUGGCUUCUUUCUCAUACGGCAUUGGGAGCCGUCACCACGAGAUUGAGCUCUUGAAAGAAGAUGAAGCUUGGGUGCUUUUCUGCAACAAGGCGUUUUCUGGAAGUCUUGAGCAGUGCAGAAGGAGAAACCUGGAGAUGAUAGCACGGAAAUUGCUUGAGAGAUGUCAAGGCCUGCCAUUAGCUAUCGCUUCUUUAGGGAGCAUGAUGUCAACAAAGGUGUUGGAAUCAGAAUGGAAGAAAGUUUACAACUCGUUGAAUUGGGAGUUGAACAACAAUCUUGAGCUCAAGGUUGUUCGAAGCAUCCUGUUGCUUAGCUUCAACGAUUUGUCAUACCCGCUUAAACGUUGUUUCUUGUAUUGUUCUCUUUUCCCUGUGAACUAUCGGAUGAAAAGAAAAAGGCUCGUGAGGAUGUGGAUGGCACAAAGGUUUGUUGAACCGAUCAGAGGAGUGAAAGCAGAGGAAGUGGCUGAUGGUUACCUCAAUGAGCUUGUUUACAGAAAUAUGCUUCAAGUUAUCUUGUGGAAUCCUUUUGGACGGCCCAAAUUGUUCAAGAUGCAUGACGUGAUAAGGGAGAUCACUCUAUCUAUAUCCAAAGAUGAGAGGUUUUGUGAUGCGUAUAGUAAUGACAACGAUGAUGAUGCAGAAACAACAGAGGAUUACGAUACUCGACAUUUGUGCAUCCAGAGAGAGAUGAGAUCAGGUAUCGUACGUACAACAAACCUUCACUCUCUUUUGGUUUACACUAAACACAACAUUGAACUGCCUCCAAAUAUGAAGCUUUUAAGAGCCUUAGACCUUGAAGACUCUGGCAUCAUCAAGCUACCAGAUUGUUUAGUCACUCUGUUCCACUUAAAGUACUUGAAUUUGUCCAAAACCCAAGUGAAGGAACUCCCAAGAAACUUCCACAAGCUCGUCAAUUUAGAGACACUGAACACUAGGCACUCCAAGAUUGAGGAGCUUCCUCCAGGGAUGUCCAAGUUGCGGAAGUUGCGUUAUCUGAUCACUUUCCGUUGCAACUAUGGACAUGAUUCCAAUUGGAACUAUGUUUUAGGUAUAAAGGUUUCUCCUAACAUUUACCAGUUGAAGGAUCUGCAAGUCAUGGACUGCUUCAACGCAGAAGCUGAGCUUAUCAAGAACCUGGGGAACAUGACCCAACUCACAAGACUAAGUCUCGUCAUGGUUAGAAGAGAGCAUGGAAGUGACUUAUGCGAGUCACUGAAUAAGAUCAAAGGACUCAGAUUCUUAUCUCUGACGUCCAUUCACGAAGAGGAACCGUUAAAGAUAGAUGGACUGAUAGCAACUGCAAGCAUUGAGAAGCUCUUUCUUGCAGGGAAACUGGAAACAGUACCAAGCUGGUUCAGUACUCUUCAGAACCUCACCUAUUUGGGCUUGCGCGGAUCUCAGCUGCAAGAAAACGCCAUCCGCUAUAUCCAAGCGCUUCCUAAACUGGUAUGGCUUUCAUUUUACAAUGCAUACAUCGGACCUAGGUUGUGUUUUGCACAAGGGUUUCAUAAUCUGAAGAUUCUAGACGUAGUUCAUAUGCAACAUCUGAGAGAAGUUGUAAUAGAAGAUGGUGCGAUGUUUGGCCUGCAGAAACUUUAUGUGAGAGAUUGCAGAGGGUUAGAGUCGGUACCGAGAGGCAUUGAGAAUCUUGUGAAUAUUCAAGAACUGCAUUUGAGUCAUGUUUCUCAUCAGCUAGUAGAGCGGAUUGGUGGAGAAGGGAGUGUAGACCGGUCAAGGGUUAAACACAUUCCUGCAAUUAGGCAUCAUUUCAGAAAUGAUAAUGGCUCUUUCUAUGUCAGCCUCUCAUCUUGA